AUGAAUGAACACGAUGGCAAAGAAUUCGCCGAACUUGGGGUUAAAACGUGGCUAAUAAAACAAUUGUUUACCCUAGGUAUAAGGAAGCCAACGCCCAUUCAAAAAGGUUGUGUUCAACAUAUAUUAAGUGGUGGGGACUGCAUAGGAGCUGCUAAAACGGGUUCAGGCAAAACAUUUGCAUUUGCACUACCUAUCUUACAACAUUUAGCAGAUGAUCCGUAUGGAAUUUUUGCUUUGGUACUCACUCCCACGCAUGAGUUGGCUUAUCAGAUAGCAGAUCAAUUCAAUAUACUAGGUCAGCCAUUAAAACUCCGUGUCUGCAUAGUAACAGGAGGCUCAGACCAGUUGGAAGAGUCCUUGAAGUUAUCCAAAAGACCACACAUUGUUGUGGCAAUGCCAGGCCGUUUAGCGGACCAUAUCACUGGAUGUGAUACUUUUAGUUUAAAGAGGAUCAAAUAUUUAGUCUUGGAUGAGGCUGACAGAUUAUUCAGUGAGUCCUUUAAAGAAGAUUUAGAGACAAUUUUUAAUACCCUACCAGCCAAAAGACAGAACUUGUUAUUUUCUGCAACAAUCACUGACGAUGUCAGAGAAUCUAAACUGCUUUCUCUGAAUCAAGAUAAUCUUCUUACAUGGACGGAGACAGACACAACACUGACGGUGUCCACACUUGACCAGCGCUACGUAGUGUGUCCGGCAUACGCGCGCGACGUGUACUUAGUGCAAACAUUGCGCAAGUAUCGCGAGACUAAACCUAGUUCACACAUUAUCGUCUUCACAGAUACUAAAAAAGAAUGUCAAGUCCUUUCGAUGAUGCUGAACGCUAUAUCAAUGGACAACGUCUGUUUACAUGGCUUCAUGCGGCAGAAGGAAAGGGUGGCCGCGCUCACGCAGUUUAGAAGUAAUCUCAAAUGCACGCUGGUUGCUACCAAUGUAGCUGCUAGGGGAUUGGAUAUUCCUACCGUGGAUCUUGUAGUGAAUCACAAGUUGCCUUUGGAACCUAAGGAGUAUAUUCACAGAGUGGGUCGAACGGCUCGUGCGGGGCGAAGCGGGAUGGCGAUAUCUCUCAUCACUCCCUACGAUAUACUGAGGCUCGGAGAAAUUGAAGAUGUAAUCAAAACUAAGUUAACCGAGUAUAAAAUUGAUGAUGACGAAGCAGUGAAGAUUUUUACAACGGUCAGUGUAACACGCCGCGAACAGGAAGCUCAACUAGACAACGAGGAGUUUGAGCAAAGGAAAAAGAAUUAUCGCAUUAAGAGGUGGAUUCAGGCAGGCGUCGACCCAGACAUGAUGGAGGAAGGUUUAGAAGAAAUGAGGAGAAAAAGAAUAAAGGCGGCAAAGAAAGCAAAACUAGCGAAGAUCAAGGAGGUUCAGUCGCAGAUCAAAAAUGAGGAUAUUUCUCAAAAAAAGAAUGAUCCAGAAGAUAUCGAUGCCACAAUCAAGGACGGUCUGAAAAAGAUUAAUAAGUCACUGAUGAAAAAAGAUGAUAGGUUCAAAAAUGUCAUUGGCAAGAUUUCUAAGAUAAAAAGAAAAGCAGUGGCUAAUAAUGCUGAAGAUGAGAGCGAGAAAAAAAAGAAGAAUAAUGUUAAUAAAAAGAAAGGCAGUGUAAAGUAUAAAUAA